AAUAUAUUUCUUAGUACCUAUCUUCUAAACCAGUAUCAAUGUAUUUACUCACCAUCUAUCUUUACAGGAUGUAUACGCCAUUUUUAUAAUUUACUGUAUAAUAUAUUUCAUAAUUUUUGUAAUGGAUUGGAUAAUGAUGGAUUAACGAUUAGCAGACAUGAUGGCAGGGUAGAUAGCCCUCAUGCCUGACUUCAAGUCUGACAUAAUACAUCAAAUCCUAGUAGCUAAAAUAGAAAGAAGAAGUAGUGUCCUUGUGAUUGUAACAGCUGUCAAUCUGUCAAUAGGUUUUUGUUUUUGUUCAUAUUUUAAAUUAUCGAAACUUGCAAAUAUACAAUACAAAACAGAGAAGCUCAUUCUGUUCAUUCCUUAUAUGUUAUGAUAAGCAGCACACUUUUGAAACAGUACUUGCUGUAUAUCAACCAACAUACCUGCCUACAAAAAUUAAAAUGUAUACAUUGGAUGAACAAAAAAGCAUUGCCCCAAGAAGCCUACUGUCCAACCACCAUCGAACAUAUAGCAAACAUCCUCACUCAUGGUAUUUGGAUCAUCCCAAGCAUUGUGGGCACAUUAGAAUUAGUUAACAGAUCCAAGGACAGUGAUCACCUGCUAUCUGCUCUCAUUUAUGGGGCCACUCUGAUAUUUCUGUUCUCUAUUUCAACUUCAUUCCAUUGUGUUUUCUACUGUAAUAAGUACAGGCACUUGAAAAAUGUCCUCCACCGUUGUGAUAGAGCCAUGAUCUAUGUGUUCAUAGCGGGCUCCUACUUUCCAUGGCUGACGCUGGAGCCCCUACCGCACGAAGGUUGGGCCUCCCGGAUGCGAUGGAUAGUGUGGUGCCUCGCCUUCAUCGGCAUCGCCUACCAACAGAUCUUCCACGAAAAGUACAAAAUGCUCGAGACUAUCUUCUAUGUGAUCAUGGGCAUCGGUCCGGUCUUCCCAAUUUUGGUCGAGAACAGAUCUAGGUGUUCACCAAAGUAUUUUUCCAACCUACCUCCACCCGAAGGAAAUAAUCCGUAAUUGUUAAAAUGCACCUACGAGACUGAUUUGGUGAUGAGUAGGUAACUAUUGUAUUUCUAUAUAUUAUGUAACUUCCAUUUGAAUUGAAAUCAUAAAAUCCUGUGACCACAUAUAUAUCCAUUUUGAAAUUAUACAGAUAUGCAUCAGUAUGA